AUGUUCUACUCAACCUACGUGCUGACGAAGGAUGGGCCACUGGCGAAGAUCUGGCUUGCUGCGCACUGGGAACGACGUAUCACGCGGAGCGAUGUGAGGCUUAUGGACCUGCGAAAGUGUGUGGUGGACAUUGUGCAGCCCGUGGUUCCCAUUGCCCUGCGCACGAGUGGCGAGCUCCUCGUUGGUGUUGUCCGCAUUUACGCUGUGAAGGUGCACGGCUUGAAGAAGGACGCAGAAAAUGCCAUACUACUCAUUCGCGUCGCCUCCCCUCAAGCCAACGCCGGUCAUUUCAAGAAGGCUGCCCCCGGCACCGGUACGGCUGCACUGCUGAACGGAGACGCAGAGGCCGCAACGUUCAACUGGGGCGGUCGCCGCGUUGGGCGCACGCAAGGUGUUGUCGGGAUCCGCGCCGCUGGGAUCAAUGGGUCGCACGAGGAAGCACUUGAGGCACGCUUCGAUGAAAUCGCAGACCUCCUGCAGGGCCCGGUUUGUGCACUCGGCGGUGUUAAUGACCAUGUGAGGAACGGUAUUGAUAGCACGACCAUGACUGGGUCCGUGUGGUACACAUGGAACUCUGGCUCACAAGGAACUGAGGACCUGAACGGCACGCAGCAGGACUACGACGGCUUUGAGAUGGUCCGGGCAGACAUUCAGGCGUUUGGCGACAAUGUGAGUGAGACCAGCAGUCGCAAGUCAAGCCUCCCGAGCAUCGAGAGAGGUCGUAGCAGCGCGCUGACAGCAGCAGGCGGGGCACUGGGUGACUUCAUGCCCCUCCCGCAACCAGCGUAUGAUCUCGAUAUCGGCGCACCGCUUCCUGAUGACGGUGACGCGGCCAUUUUGCCAGAUUUUAUGCCCCCGGCACUGGGAGUUGAUGAGGCGGCGGAUCCUUUUCUCUCCGCUUACGGCGCUGACAACGAGCUCAAUGCCGCUCUGACUCAGCAACAAAAUUCGUCCCGUAGGCACCGAGCUGCUGGAGCCACAACAACAAAGAUGUUGGACAAGGAGAACACCACUGUCUCUGGCGAAGCGGUAAGACGGUGGAUGGAGAAUCGGAACGAUAUCGUUGAAGCUGCACCGCGCCGAGGUCCGCUCGACCAACAGGAGAUACAAGACCGGAGAGUGCUCGCGCAGGAUUUCAACAAGGGAGAGUUGUGGGCUGCUGUUGACGGAUCCCCGCUCGCAAGGGUAGCAGGUCCGGCUCUCACAGCCUCUUACAUCGAUGCUGUGAAGCCCCUCGUAGAAAAGCAGAUGGAAGAAGAAGCUGCCGAGCGGGAGGCACGGCAACAGCGGGAAAAAAACGCGCAUGUUGUGGAUGAAAAUCCCGAUGAAUUCAUUAUCGCCGGCGACAGUGGGGAUAUGUUCAUGGACGAGAACUUCAUGCAGUCAGGCCGCAAGCGUGACCGUGAAGAAAUGGAGGGCAAUGACAACGGAGAGAGUAACGUUGGCGGUGGAGCGAGCAGACGACAGUCGGAGGCAGUGGCGCUCGCGACGCUGAAGCACAUCAGAAACCUGUUGUCGAAAUCUCAAGGGAAGGGGAAGGGUAAAGCUGCGAGCGGGAAGAAGUCCAAGGCACUUCCUCGGGAGCACUGCACAUUGCAUGAGCUUUGCGAAGGAAUGGCGCGGCGUGAGGCGGCACGAACCUUCGUGAGUGUCCUUACGCUAGCCUCUAAACAGUUGGUGUGGGCGAAGCAAGCGCCGAACGAUGUGGAGCUUGGCCUUACUAACGCCGCGUCGGAGGUGCAACUCACUGUGUGA